AUGGCGAUCUGUACUUAUAACGCACGUACGCUUGCACUGGAAGCGACCAUCGAAGAUCUGAUGAUGCAAGCCAAGAAGAUCAAGUACGACGUCAUCGGACUGACCGAGACGAGACGACGUCACCCUCUCAACGCCGUAUAUGAAACUGGAGAAGAACUGUUCUUAGGAACAUGCGACAGUAGAGGUGUUGGUGGAGUUGGCGUCCUCGUCAACACGAGUUUGGCAAAGAACAUCGACUCUUUUGAACAACUUACGACCCGAAUCGGACGUCCGCGGAUGAGAAGAUGUGGCCCAACACCAGCUUUGACUAUCUUCGUCGCUUACGCUCCAACAUCAAGCUACGAUGAAGAAGAAGUCGAAGCUUUCUAUAUGGACCUGGAGAAGUUCUAUCGAGAAGAUCAUGCUUUCUACAAAGUCAUAAUUGGCGAUUCCAACGCCAAAAUUGGCCCAAGAAGAACGCCGGAGGAACUUCACAUCGGGACCCACGGUCUGCAAUGGAAUGGCCAGGGGGAGAGACUCUUCGAGAUCAUCAUGGCGACUAAGACCAUCCAUGGAAACUCGCAAUUCCAGAAGUCCUCUCUACGCUGGACGUGGGAGUCAUCCGGUGGAGGGUACCGUAAUGAAAUAGACCACAUCAUCGUCAAUAAAAGGUUCUGCCUGACGGACGUCGGGGUUGUACCAAAGUUCUAUACGGGAUCGGACCAUCGCCUCCUCCGAGGAAGAUUUUUCUUCACAAGCAGCGCAGAGAAAGCCGCCAAGUUGAGAGGGAGAAAUCCCAGGACUAUCAUCAGCUGGGAUCUCUUCGCUACGGUAACUGGCUUUUGGAUUCCGAUUUCCGCAAUGGACAACAUCAACGAGGAAUAUGACCGGCUCGUUGAACACCUUCACGACUGUGCGAAGAAGGCUGAGAGAUUUAAAACAACCAAGGGACGCCUGUCUCUUGAAACUCUUGAGCUGAUACGCCAGCGUGGAGCAGCACGAGCCGCAGGGAACCAAGAACUCACGUCCGAGCUCGCAAAGCUUUGCGGAGAGGCGACAAAGGAAGACCUCAAGGAGAGAAGAGCAGAAGUGCUGGCUGAAGUUGCAGAGGCGGGAAAGAGCAUCCGCAUCAUCCGUCGAGACUUCGCCAGUCGCAAGACAAGGAUGACUGCUCUCCGAAACCCGAGGGGAACAACCACUGCAUCGAGAAGGGGGAUGGAGAAAAUCAUCUACGACUUCUAUUCUGAUCUCUUCGACAGCCAUGUCCACUUACCUCCUCACCAUCUGAGGGAAGCGGUCGUGGAAGUCAUUCCAGAGGUUCUCCCGUCCGAAAUACGACAUGCUAUCAUGCCAGUAAGAAAUCGUACGGCACCCGGUCCCGACAACCUUCCGCCAAUACUCAUCAACACCCUGGCAAGGCUCUUUACACGUUACCUGUCGGAAUGCAAGGUUCCUAAACAGUGGAAGACCAGCAAGACCGUGUUGCUGUAUAAAAAGGGAGAUCCACAUGACAUCGGCAACUAUCGCCCAAUCUGCUUACUGUCCGUCAUCUACAAGCUCUUCACAAGGGUAAUCCUUAAUAGGAUUGAAAGGUCUUGGAUGAAGGACAGUCAUGCGAACAAGCAGGGUUUCGAAUAG